AUGUUAACGGAGGAGCUGAGUAGUAGUGGGUGCAAGCGCGCGAGGAUCGAAAUGGUGGCGCACGUUCUGGUGUUCCCGUGCCCGGUGCAGGGCGACAUCAACUGCAUGCUCUACUUCGCCGCUGGGCUCCUCGACGCCGGCCUGCAUGUCACCUUCCUCCACAGCGACCACAACCUCCGCAGGCUAGGCCUUGCCACCGCCACUAGUACUUCCCCGCGGCUGCGGUUCCUCUCCGUGCCCGACGGCCUCCCCGACGACCACCCCCGCUCGGCCGGCGACCUCGUCGAGUUCUUCAACUCCCUGCGGACCAACACCAGCGUCGCCUACCGCGCUCUGCUGGCGUCCUUGUGCCCGGGCGCACCCAGCAGCAUCCACAACGACAAAGGCUUCCCUCCCGUGACAUGCGUCGUCGCCGACGGGAUGCUGCCGUUCGCGAUCGACGUCGCCGAGGAGCUCGGCGUCCCGGCGCUCGCCUUCCGCACGGCCAGCGCGUGCAGCUUCCUCGCCUACCUGUCCAUGCCCAAGCUCGUGGAGCUCGGCGAGGUCCCCUUCCCCGCAGGCGCAGGCGCAGGCGCCGACCUCGACGCGCCGGUCCGCGGCGUCCCGGGGAUGGAAGGCUUCCUGCGCCGGCGAGACCUCCCGAGCUUCUGCCGCGGCCGCGGCCACGACCCCUUGCUGCAGAUAUUCAGCGAGGUCACCGCGCACAGCUGCAAGGCUCGGGCGCUGAUAUUCAACACCGCCGCGUCGCUGGAGCGGUCGGCGGUCGCGCACGUCUUGCCGCGCAUGCGCGACGUGUUCGCCAUCGGGCCCCUCCACGCCAUGUUCCAGGCGCCGGCGGCCGGCGGCGCCUUGUGGCGCGAGGACAGCGGCUGCAUGGCGUGGCUCGACGGGCACGCGGACCGGUCCGUGGUGUACGUCAGCCUGGGCAGCCUCGCUGUCAUCUCGCUGGAGCAGUUCACCGAGUUCCUGUCCGGGCUCGUCGGCGCCGGCCACCCCUUCCUGUGGGUGCUCCGGCCGGACAUGGUCGGGGCGAGCCACAGCGCCGUCCUGCAGGAAGCGAUCGAGGCGGCGGGGAGGAGCAAGGCCCGCGUCGUGGACUGGGCGCCGCAGCGGGACGUGCUCCGGCACCGCGCCGUGGGCUGCUUCCUGACGCACGCCGGGUGGAACUCCACGCUGGAGUGCGUCACCGAGGGUGUGCCGACGGUGUGCUGGCCUUUCUUCGCCGACCAGCAGACCAACAGCCGCUUCAUAGACGCCGUGUGGGGGACGGGGCUGGACAUGAAGGACGUGUGCGACAGGGCGGUCGUGCAGAAAAUGGUGAGGCAGGCCAUGGAGUCCGGUGAGCUAAGGAGGUCGGCUCAGGCGCUGGCGCGGCAAGUCAGGCGGGACAUCGCAGAGGGGGGCUCGUCUGCCACGGAGUUCAACAGGCUCAUCACCUUCAUCAAUCAACUCAGCUUGCACGCCACCAUGUCCGGAUCGGAUAAAGAGUAG